AUGGUGUGGGUGUUUGUCAUGAACCGAAUGAGCUCCCAGAGCAGUUCAUCCACUCAACGCAGGCGAAUGGCUCUAGGAAUCGUCAUUCUUCUCCUCGUCGAUAUAAUAUGGGUGGCCUCUUCAGAACUCACUUCUUAUGUUUUUACAAAGUACAACAAACCUUUUUUCAGUACAUUUGCAAAAACAUCCAUGUUUGUUCUGUACCUCUUGGGAUUUAUUGUUUGGAAGCCAUGGAGGCAACAAUGUACUCGUGGGUUUCGUGGAAGGCAUGCAGCUUUUUUUGCAGAUGCUGAAGGUUAUUUUGCCACUUGUACAACAGAUAACACUGUAAACAGUUCUCUGAGUGAACCUUUAUACGUUCCUGUAAAGUUUCAUGAUUUGCCAACUGAAAAAAAUGGCAGUAAUAAUAGUGAUGGGGAGAAAACUCCCAAAAAGCCUCGUGUAAGGUUCAGUAACAUUAUGGAGAUCCGACAGCUCCCGUCGAGUCAUGCGCUGGAAGCCAAGUUGUCUCGCAUGUCAUAUCCAACAGUUAAGGAGCAGGAAUCAAUAUUAAAAACUGUAGGAAAACUCACUGCAACUCAAGUAGCAAAAAUCAGCUUUUUCUUUUGCUUUGUGUGGUUCUUGGCAAAUUUCUCUUACCAAGAAGCUCUAUCAGACACCCAAGUUGCAAUAGUUAAUAUCUUGUCGUCAACCUCUGGGCUUUUUACUUUAAUCUUGGCUGCAGUCUUUCCCAGUAACAGUGGAGACAGAUUUACCCUGUCCAAAUUAUUAGCUGUUAUUUUAAGCAUUGGUGGUGUGGUACUCGUUAACCUUUCUGGAUCUGAAAAAUCUACUGGAAAACACACAAUAGGUUCCCUUUGGUCUCUUGUUGGAGCAAUGCUGUAUGCUGUGUACAUAGUAAUGAUAAAAAGGAAAGUAGAUAGAGAAGAUAAACUUGACAUACCAAUGUUCUUCGGUUUUGUAGGGCUGUUUAACCUGUUGCUGCUGUGGCCAGGGUUUUUCCUGCUUCACUAUACUGGGUUUGAAGCAUUUGAGUUUCCCAGUAAACUGAUAUGGAUGUGCAUUGUUGUUAAUGGCCUUAUUGGAACAGUCCUGUCUGAGUUCCUCUGGCUCUGGGGAUGCUUUCUUACCUCAUCACUGAUAGGCACACUUGCGCUAAGCCUUACAAUACCUCUGUCCAUAAUAGCUGACAUGUGCAUGCAGAAGGUGCAGUUUUCUUGGUUAUUUUUUGCAGGGGCAGUCCCUGUAUUUUUUUCAUUUUUCAUUGCCACUCUCUUAUGUCACUAUAACAACUGGGAUCCAGUGAUGGUGGGGAUCAGAAGAAUCUUUGCCUUUAUUUGUAGAAAACAUCGAAUUCAGAGAAUGCAAGAAGAAAGUGAGCAAUGUGAAAGUCUCAUUCCUAUGCAUGGUGUUUCACAAGAUGGAGACAGUUGCUGUUCAUAGACAAAAGUUUAAAAAUGGAAUAAUACCCAGCGAAGAGACAAUCUUCUGGAAAGGUCCCUAAGGAGUCACAUUUCAGUGCCUAUUCUGAAUUUGUAGUGAAAAUAAGAAGUUUCAGUUCUUUUGAAACUCUAAACUUUUUUUCUUACUCGCUUUCAUCCAAUUUUAUAAAUGAAUUUACUAAAAGCCUAUCACCAUGGGGAAUCUUAGUCCAUCAGAGCAACCAACCUGCCUUACAACAGACAGCUGGUGAAGUUACUUGACAAAAUCAAGAAAACAAAUGCUGUUAAGUGAUUUCUUUCCUUUUUUAACUCACAAUUUUGUUAAAUGCUGGACAAUAUUAUUUUUAAAAAAUACUUUCAAAUGAGUUAUGUAAAUAAGUUUGCAGGUCAUCAAGUCUUACAGGCUUUCAGAUGAAAAGCUAAAUAGAUAUGUUACCUGUAAUAGGUACAAAUUAACUUUUUUAUGUUGUAUAAACUAUUUACAUAUUAAUAGAAGAAAAUAGAAAAAUAAUUUAUUAAGUGCAUUCUUGUAAUUAUUGAGGCAGGAUCUUUGUACAGUCCUGGGACACUACAUAUACAUUGUUCAAUGCCAUUUGGAGAGACCUUGUAAAGGCAGUGGGUGCCAGUGUCUAAAAUAUCUUUUGUUACCUAACAAUCUGGAAUGUUUAAAAUUCUAGUAAGUGGUGAA